AUGCACGAGCGGUCAGACCCCUCGUGGUCUAAGCCACUCUGCCUGUCCGCCUCAUACCCUCAGCUCGCGCGCUUCAGCCUUCCUUCGACAACACACAUUACAGUGCCUGUUCCUCUCUCUGUCGCCAACGGCAGCUUCAGCCUCGUCAGUCAUGAAAACACCUCCGGGCCGCCGUAUGCGAUACUCUCGCAUACUUGGAGUGAAAACAACGAGGACGAAGUAAGUUAUGACGACUUGCGCAAUGAGACAGGGAGAGAGAAAAGCGGUUAUGCCAAGUUAAAGUUCUGUGCUGAGCAGGCUGCCAAAGACGGUCUUGAGCACUUCUGGGUCGAUACUUGCUGCAUCGACAAGUCAAGCAGCGCAGAGCUCUCAGAGGCUAUCACAUCCAUGUUCCGUUGGUACAAGAAUUCUGCCACAUGCUACGUGUACCUAGCAGAUGUUACGACGAAAAAGAGACGAGGCGGCCGCGAAUCGCCUGAUCACGAAAUGCCCAGUGUCACUUGGAUGUCGGCUUUCCGGAACAGCAGAUGGUUCACUCGAGGCUGGACACUUCAAGAACUGCUUGCUCCUCGCAACGUCCUCUUUUUCUCUCGCGAUGGAGAGCUGCUUGGUGACAAGUUCAGCCUAGAGCAACACAUCCACGACGUCACACAUAUCCCUAUCCCUGCCCUUCGAGGAGCCCCCCUGCAUAGCUUUUCUGUCGAUGACCGCAUGUCUUGGGCUGCGACUCGUAUUACAAAAAAGGAAGAAGACCGGGCAUACUCGUUGCUUGGGAUAUUUGGCGUCAGCAUGGUUCCAAUAUACGGAGAAUUGCAGGCAGCGGCGUUCAGGAGGCUUCGGAAAGAGAUAACCGAGGUUAAGCAGGACCAAAGUUCGCCCUCAGACAACGGAAAGAGGCAAGCUCUCAUGGAUUCGCUGCGGUUCGAUCAAAUUGACGCACGCUAUGCAACCAUCAAAAACGCCCAUGCCAAGACAUGCAAGUGGUUGUUACGAAAAUCGGAGCACACUGAAUGGCUCGACCCGACGAGACUAUCCCAUCACCACGGCUUCUUGUGGAUCAAAGGAAAACCAGGAACCGGCAAGUCAACAUUGAUGAAGUUUGCUUUCGGCCAGGCCAGUAAAUCAAGGAAGAGCAGCAUUGUGAUCGCCUUUUUCUUCAACGCGCGAGGCGAGACUCUCGAGAAGACUAUCAUUGGGAUGUAUAGGUCGCUUCUGCUGCAGCUUCUUGAGAAGAUCCCUACACUACAGUGCAAUUCCGGUUCGCUAAGUCUGGUACCCUCGAGUAUCAGCGCAGAUUAUCAGUGGACUAGGCACUCGCUCGAAGACCAGCUCCAGCAGGCUGUAUUGAGUCUUGGAGACACGCCUGUGAUGUGCUUCAUCGAUGCACUGGAUGAGUGCGAACAAUGGCAGGUUCGGAACAUGAUUUCGUUCUUCGAAAACCUUGGCGAGCUCGCAGUCUCAUCUGGCAGGUCUUUUCGAGUAUGUCUUUCGAGUAGGCACUAUCCUGAAGUCACGAUUCGGAGAGGCAUAACUCUAGUGCUUGAAGGACAAGAAGGCCAUACCCAGGACAUCAACAAUUACCUUGAGAGUACAUUGAAGAUAGGGAUCAGCGCAUCCGCACAAAAGAUCCGAAAGGAUCUGCAAGAGAAGAGUUCCGGUGUAUUCAUGUGGAUUGUGCUUGUGGUGGACAUCCUGAAUAAAGAGUACGAUGGCGGCCGGAUGCAUGCUCUGGAGCGAAGAUUGAAACAAAUCCCCGCCGAUCUACACGCCCUAUUUCAGGACAUACUCACACGCGACUCGAACGACAAGGACGAACUAAUAUUGUGCUUGCAGUGGGUACUCUUUGCUAAACAACCAUUACAACCGGAGCAGCUGUAUCUUGCGAUCCUUGCAGGAACUGAGCCUGAUGCACUCGCCACUCAGCAUGAUCAGGAAGUCACACUUGAAACGAUCAGAAAAUUUCUCCUUAGAUCGUCCAAGGGUCUUACUGAGAUUACCAAAACCAAGAACAAAAAAGUCCAGUUCAUACACGAGUCGGUGCGAGACUUCCUGCUCAAGGAGAAUGGACUUAGCAAGAUCUGGCCUGAGUUCGCAGACAAUUUUCAAGGCCAAAGCCAUGAUCGACUGAAGCAGUGCUGUCUCAACUACAUUAGCAUCGACGUUGCCACACCCUUGAUGCUACCAGAUGAGCUACCAGCAGCAAUCUCAUCAUCGUCAAAGAAUCUACGCAAGUUAGCAGCCGAGACAUUCCUUUUUCUAGAAUAUGCGGUCCAUAAUGUGCUGUACCAUGCGGAUACGGCAGAAGAUGGAGGCAUCUCCCAGACGGACUUUCUCAACAGCUUUCCGCUUCUCCAAUGGGUCAAGCUCGACAAUCUGCUCGAGAAACACGAGAUCCGGAGGCACAAGCAAGGUGUCAGUCUACUCUAUAUACUAGCUGAGCUAAAUAUGGUGAAUCUCAUCAGAGUUCUUGGUUCAGCUAGCUGUUGUAUGCAGGUUGAGGACGAACGCUACGGUUGUCCUCUUCUCGCUGCAGUCGCUAUGAACAGAAAAGAGGCCGUCGAGAUGUUUCUGGAAUCCAUUGAGGUGCAACCGAAAUAUAGUAAUCUUGUUACAGCAGUAGGCGGACGGCAGGUUCAAGAUAGGCCAGACCGGCGCCAUGCAACUCGUAACCUCACAUAUUCGAAGUCAAAAGAUGUUGUCGGGAAUGCAAUUGACUUUCACAAUGACAGGGUAAUCGCACGUGCGAUCGCAUCUGGAAAAUUUCAGAUUGAUUCGCAGAACUCGUCCGCCAAGAGCAUCCUACAGUGGGCCUCUGGGAAUGGCUUUGAGACGCUGGUCAAGUUAUUACUCGAUGGAGACUCUACCUUGGUCGACAGUACUGGCGCUGGCGUUUACAACCCACUGCAUAUAGCAGCAAGAGAAGGGCAUUCGGGGGUGAUCGAAGUGCUACUAGAAGCGGGCGCUGACAUUGACGCGGCGAAAGCUAGCGAAACCGCGCUCCACAUAGCUACUUAUGAAGGCCAUAAAGAGACUGUAGCGCUGCUACUGGACAAAGGCGCUGAAGUCAACGCCCUAACUGCAUACAAGAGCAAUGCAAUCCAAGUAGCUUCAUCCAAGGGCAACAAGGAGAUCUUGGAGCUGCUCCUAGACAAGGGGGCCGACGUUAACGCGAUAGCUGUCGAAGGCGACACUGCACUGCAGAAAGCUUCAGCUGACGGCCACAAAGAGAUCGUGGAGUUUCUAAUAGACAGGGGCGCUGACGUCAACGCCAAGGGUCAUUUCUAUGGCACCGGGAUCCAGGCAGCUUCACGCAAUGGUCAUAAAGAGAUUUUGGAGCUGCUAAUAGAAAAGGGCGGUGACGUUAAUAUUCAGGGUGGACAGCUUGGCAACGCGAUCCAGGCAGCUUCAUACAAAGGCCAUAAAGAAUGUUUGGAACUACUACUAGACAAGGGCGUUGACAUUAACGUCCAAGGUGGACCUUAUGGCAAUAUAUUUACUGGAUCCUAUCACAAUGCACUUGAAGCAGCUUGUGUAGAUGGCCACAGGGAGAUCGUGGAGCUGUUACUAGACAAGGGUGCUGGCAUUGGCAACGCACUUGAGAGAGCUUCGCGUUAUGGCCACAAAGAGGUCGUGAAGCUGCUGCUGGAUAAGGGCGCCGCCGACAUUGGCAACGCACUUCAGGCAGCUUCAUACGAGGAUCACACAGAGAUUGUGGAGCUGUUACUAGAAAGAGGAUAUCGCAUACAUCUCCUGAGCAAGUCAGCGAAUCGCCUUACGUUGACGCAGAUCUACAUCUUUGCACUCUAUACCUUUUCUAUCGGAUUCGUCUUCUCCGCCGCGGUCGUCAACAAUGGCCUCGGUCUUACCACGGAUGGUAGCUGCAAAGCUUCGGUAAUGCUAUGUCUUAUGUUCUAUGCAGCCAGCAAAGUAUCAAUGUAUCUCUUCCUCGUCGAGCGGGCUCACGUACUACGGGCUCCUUACGCACCCCGAUAUAAAGACUUAUUAUGGUUGCUCAGCACGAUUACUAUAGUUGUGUGUUUGGGCGCCAUUUGUAUCGCCGGCAUCGUCUCGCCCAAGUACGUACUUUCAGAGGUGGAUGGGCGCUGCCGUAUAGGUCUCCAGCGUUACGCCGCCAUCCCGCUGUUGACGUGCGACAUUGUCAUCAACCUUUACCUUACAGCCGUUUUCAUCUAUCUUCUGAGCCCUCUGGUCAAGGAUAAUACAAGCUCUGGCACUGGUGUUGUAAACCGGGUGACACUGUGCAUCAGCAAGACUUUGGGUCGAGUACAGCAGAAAGCCACCAUGGACCUUCAUCGAUCGAAUAAAGCGCUCGUCAAGAGAGUCGAAACCCUACUCCAGAAGACCUUGAUUGGAUGUGUCUUGGUCAUUCUCCCCACUGCCGGUAAUCUUGCGGCUAUUUGCAUUUUGGUUGGGAAAGAACUAGCUUUUAUCUGCCUCACUCUAUGCACCUUUGAUGUCACAUGGGCUGCCAUAGUCUUUCACUGGCUCACCAUCGUCGGUACUGACGAGAACGAAGGUGCCACCCCAGCUCCGCAAAGUCGGCAAAGUGGCAACCAACAACCCGGAAUGCCUUUGCAACUACAAACGGAACCUGUACGAAAGAAGCCGACCCUGCUCACACCAACCGACUUAGAUCUGCUAUCGAUCGAUGCAAAGGACGAUGGUGGCACAAAAACCAUAAACAGAUUCGAUUUCGGCCUGAGUCAAACGGCAACACCAUCACACUGCGGACCCAGUUCACAACCAGAUUCACAUUGGAAAGAUUCUGGACAUUCUACUCUGGUAUCUGAUAUGAACAUGUCUAACAACGCCGUCGAUCCGCGUUGA